UUCAAACUGAAAUGCAAAUACCUGUUAUUUAUUUCCCAACGAUGUUACAGUCUCUCUAUCUAACAAUUGUUUUGACAAUUGCCAGCACCGCCGGACAACUUCCUUUACAGCAAAGGACCUGGACCUAUAGUGUUCAAUCGGUGAUCUGUACCAAUGACACUCCCGACGUCUUCGAGAUGAAAGCCGAAAAACGUUUUGUUUCCCGUGGCGUUUACAAGACCAGCGGCAUAAUGGAGGUGAAACAAAGUCUUACCGACGCCUUUGAAAUAGCCGUUGAUGUAUUCUACAGUCCGGAGGGAAAGCAGUUUACACGCGCACCAUUUCGUGUACUCAAAACAAGUCUAUCGGAUUUUGCCAACACCUAUUACGUGCCGAUUUUUAUGAAAAGUUUUCAAAACUGUACAGAGAAUGUUCCGCAGUUGCCGUCGCCAUUUCGUCCGCCAUUGCCAGUUUGUCGGGUAACCAUGGCACAGUGUCGAGUUAACACUGAUAAUUUUCCAUCGUAUUUAAGGAGUGGCUAUUAUCGUAUGGUCCUAUACUAUUCAGGCCAGGCAAAUGGUACAAUUUUGGUGGAGGCUCUAGUGGAGCAAAUAUCGAAUUUGUAG